AUGCCAGGAUUACCGAUUGGCUUCACGGCUGUGAAGGACUGCAAGGCCGAUGGGGCUGUAGUCAGUAUACUCGGGAUCGUGAUGAGCUUGCAAGAACCACGAAAGACGCGGGGCACAGACUGGUGUCUCAACUUCAGCAUCCAAGAUGACUUCACAGCCGGCCCAGUCGGCGGCAGCUCCAGCAUGGGUUGUCGCGUAUUCAAACCGUCCCAGACCAGCCUGCCCAAGAUAACAGCCGCUGGCGACGUCGUCAUUCUGCGCAACUUCAAGCUCAAUCCUUGGCAAGGGCGCAUGGACUGUGUUAGCAACGUCGCGAGCGACAUCCUUGUCUUUCCAGCGAGCAAGAUUCCUGUACCAGAGCUCAGCCAGGCGUACUUGCUGGGCACGCAGCGACUAUUGUAUCAUGCCACCCCCGGAGCGAAAGAGCCGUCAGUACCGGAGCAAAAUGCUGUCCUGACUUUGAAGCAUUCAUCUUCAGGGUCCGCAAAAGAUGUUCAACAGCAUGCAUCCUUGGCGACUUACAAGGCUACCGCUCGACGUAAGGAGCACUUGAUCAAGGACCUUGCCGACGGCAUAUUUGCCGACAUUCGAGCACAGGUGCUGAAUAUCUACUAUUCUAAUUACGGCACAGUAGAGCUCAAGAUUACAGACUACACGCCCAACAAAGAUCUCUAUCUGUACGCAGACCCAGAGCGAGAGCCUGACCUGUUCCGCAAACGAGAGUGGCCUGGGCCUUAUGGGCAGGUCACACUGGAAGUGCGGCUUUACGAGCCUCAUGCAACCUGGGCACGUGCGAAUCUGACUCGAGAUGACUUUGUCUACCUGCGAAACGUACGCAUGAAACAUUCAGAUGUCAGAGUUCUGGAAGGAGCAAUGCAUGAGGACCGGCAAUUUCCUGAUCAAGUCGAUGUCCACAAAUUACGAGACGAGACUGUAAUUGAGGAGAUCCGUCAGCGCAGAGAAACCUACGAACAGCAGCGGUCGAAAGGGGGAACCACACAUCUCGUCAACGCUCCGAAGAAGUCGUCUGCGAAGGCAUCUGCCAAGAAAAAGCAGGAGAAGAAGGAGAGACAGCGUCUGCAGAGAGAAGCGGAGCAGAAAGAGCUCGAAGAAAACCAGGAGAAAUGGGAAGCCCAACGCAGUGGUAUCAAUCGGAACGUCCGUGCUGGCUUUUCUGAAGCCCAACGAUCGACGAUAUCAGAGAUUCUCAACAACCCUCACAUUCAGGCAAGGACAUCAACAAAGUGCAACUCGUUCAUACUGCCCUUCAUCAAUUGCAGGCAUCGGUCCCGUGUCAGAAUCGUGGACUUCUACCCACCAGAACUCGAAGACUUCUCGCAUUCUCUUGAUGAUCCUAGUUGGACACCACGCUCAAAGAGUCAACGAUGGGAAUGGGGAUUCGUUCUCCUGUUAGAGGAUGCGAAUGUUCCUCACGACACAGUGCCUGAGCAGCUGCGUCUCAUCAUAAACAAUGAUGCAGCUCAAUACCUCGGAUUGGGGAAUGCGAGAGACCUAAAAGCCGAGCCAAGAAUCCUCGACCAGCUGAGAGAGAAGCUCUUCAUCAUGUGGGGUAAUCUGGAAGAGCUGAAAAGCGGCUUGAGGGCUCGCGGCCAAGACCUCCCACUCCCACCAGGAGACAACAGAUUGGAUAACAAACCCAUCGAUUGUGUCAUCGAGGAGUACGGAAUCGAAUGCUCCGUGACCGAGGAUCACCCAUUUGGAUAUCAGCGGCUGCACAAGCUUGCUUUGACGAAGAUCAUGAGCUGA